CUUGAAUCAGUGAUAGAAAGACCUCUUUCGAGGAUAGCCACAAUGGGUAUCUUCAAGAAAAAUAGACUCAGGCAUCGCGAUGAUCAGCGGACGAAUGCUGCUGAACUGACUUUGCGCCAAUCCAUCUACCCACUUGCUCUCGUCACAAUUUUGUUCUUCUUAUGGGGCUUCUCCUACGGCCUCAUUGACACUCUCAACAAACACUUCCAACUCUCUCUUGGUAUAACACGCGCCCGCUCGUCAGGCCUCCAAGCCGCCUACUUCGGUGCCUACCCGCUCGCUUCUCUCGGCCACGCCAACUGGAUUUUGCGGCAUUAUGGGUAUAAAGCUGUCUUCAUCUGGGGCCUAUUCCUGUAUGGUGUGGGUAGCUUGAUUGCUUGGCCAUGCCUGCUCAAUCGCAGCUUCGGUGGGUUUUGCGCAGCAAUUUUCGUGAUCGGAAAUGGCUUGGGAAGCUUGGAGACGGCGGCGAAUCCGUACUUGACGGUUUGCGGACCGCCGAGAUAUGCUGAGAUCCGCAUUAAUGUGGCUCAAGCUUUUAACGGAAUCGGAACCGUUGUUGCACCUGUACUCGCUAGUUACGUUUUCUUCAAAAACACUGAGGACAAUGUGGACUCGAUGAAAAACGUGCAGUGGACAUACCUGGCCACCGCCAUCUUUGUGUUCAUUCUAGCGGUGGUCUUCUACCUAUCUCCAAUCCCCGAGAUCACGGAUGCAGACAUGGCUUUUCAAGCUGAAGAAACCCACGCGGGUACCGAUCAGAAACCGUUCUUCAAGCAGUACCGACUUUUCCAUGCUACCUUCGCGCAAUUUUGCUACACCGGUUCCCAGGUCGCUAUUGCUGGCGCUUUCAUUAACUACGUGACUGAAACCCGCCUCAACACCGACGCCCCAGCUGCCUCGCGUUUCCUGGCUGGCGCACAAGGCGCUUUCGCUUUCGGUCGAUUCGUCGGAGUCGGAUUGAUGAAAUACAUACGCCCGCGCUGGGUCUAUCUCGCCUUCAUGACAAUGUGUAUAGUUUUCCUCGCACCCUCCAUUACGCAGCGCGGAGACAUAGGCAUGAGUAUGCUCUACAUUACGCUUUUCUUUGAGUCUAUCAUCUUCCCAACGACGGUAGCUCUCGGUAUGCGCGGUCUGGGCAAGUACUCGAAACGCGGGAGUGGUUUCAUCGUGGGCGGUGUUUGCGGAGGCGCUGUUGUUCCCCCACUGCUCUUCGUCGCCGCAGAUGCUCAAGGAACGGUUGAUGUGGCAGGGGGGAAAGCACCGACUGCUUUUGCGAUGGUGGUUCCGCUUGUUUUCUUCAUCGCUGCAUGGACUUAUUCGCUAUGUGUGAACUUUGCUCCAAAAUACAAGACUGUAGUAGACCGUCUUGGAAAUGCGGAAAUCGGUGUAGUAGAUAAGGGAAGAACCGAUGUCGAGGCUGGUGCUGGAAGCGGGAAAGAAGGGGUGUUAGGUGAAAAGACCGAGGUUGUACCCGAUAAUGGUAGGAUUUGA